GCCUGUGCCCGCUCCACCACUCAAACAGUGCCUGCCUGAGUCUGUUCUGCCCCCUCCCCACCCAUUUCACCACCACCAUGACACCGGGCACCCAGUCUCUUUUCUUCCUGCUGCUGCUCCUCACAGUGCUUACAGCUACCACAGCCCCUAAACCCACAACAGUUGUUACAGGUUCUGGUCACGCAAGCUCUACCCCAGGUGGAGAAAAGGAGACUUCGGCUACCCAAAGAAGUUCAAUGCCCAGCUCUACUGAGAAGAAGGUUGUGAGUAUGACCAGCAGUGUACUCUCCAGCCACAGCCCCAGUUCAGGCUCCUCCACCACUCAGGGACAGGACGUCACUCUGGCCCCAGCCAUGGAACCAGCCUCAGGUUCAGCUGCCACCUGGGGACAGGAUGUCACCUCGGUCCCAGUCACCAGGCCAGCCCCGGGCUCCACCACCUCACCAGCCCAAGAUGUCACCUCAGCCCCGGACAGCAAGCCAGCCCCAGGCUCCACCGCCCCCGCAGCCCACAUCACCUCAGCCCCGGACAUGAGGCCGGCCCCGGGCUCCACCGCCCCCCAGCCCACGGCGUCACCUCGCCCCACCACCGCCCGGCCCCCCCCCCCAGCCCACGGCGUCACCUCAGCCCCGGACACCAGGCCGGCCCCGGGCUCCACCACCUCACCAGCCCAAGAUGUCACCUGCCCGGACAGCAAGCCAGCCCCGGCUCCACCGCCCCCCCCCCCUCACCGCCCAGCCCCCGGCUCCAGCCCCCCAGCCCACGGCGUCACCUCGGCCCAGGACACCAGGCCCGCCCCGGGCUCCACCGCCCCCCAAGCCCACGUCACCUCAGCCCUGGACACCACGCCCGCCUUGGGCUCCACCGCCCCCCCAGCCCACGGUGUCACCUCGGCCCCGGGCUCCACCGCCCCCCCAGCCCACGGCGUCACCUCGGCCCAGGACACCAGGCCGGCCCCGGGCUCCACCGCCCCCCCAGCCCAUGGCGUCACCUCGGCCCCGGGCUCCACCGCCCCCCCAGCCCACGGUGUCACCUCGGCCCUGGACACCAGGCCCACCUUGGGCUCCACCGCCCCCCCAGUCCACGGUGUCACCUCGGCCCCGGACACCAGGCCCACCUUGGGCUCCGCCCCCCCAGCCCACGGCGUCACCUCGGCCCCGGGCUCCACCGCCCCCCCAGCCCACGGCGUCACCUCGGCCCCGGGCUCCACCGCCCCCCCAGCCCACGGUGUCACCUCGGCCCUGGACACCAGGCCCACCUUGGGCUCCACCGCCCCUCCAGUCCACGGUGUCACCUCGGCCCCGGACACCAGGCCCACCUUGGGCUCCACCGCCCCUCCAGUCCACAAUGUCACCUCGGCCUCAGGCUCUGCAUCAGGCUCAGCUUCCACUCUGGUGCACAACGGCACCUCUGCCAGGGCUACCACAACCCCAGCCAGCAAGAGCACUCCAUUCUCAAUUCCCAGCCACCACUCUGAUACUCCUACCACCCUUACCAGCCAUAGCACCAAGACUGAUGCCAGUAGCACUCACCAUAGCACGGUAUCUCCUCUCACCUCCUCCAAUCACAGCACUUCUCCCCAGUUGUCUAUUGGGGUCUCUUUCUUUUUCCUGUCUUUUCACAUUUCAAACCUCCAGUUUAAUUCCUCUCUGGAAGAUCCCAGCACCAACUACUACCAAGAGCUGCAGAGAGACAUUUCUGAAUUGAUUUUGCAGAUUUAUAAACAAGGGGAUUUUCUGGGCGUCUCCAAUAUUAAGUUCAGGCCAGGAUCUGUGGUGGUACAAUCGACUCUGGCCUUCCGAGAAGGUACCACCAAUGUCCACGACGUGGAGGCACAGUUCAAUCAGCAUAAAACGGAAGCAGCCUCUCGAUAUAACCUGACGAUCUCAGACGUCAGCGUGAGUGAUGUGCCAUUUCCUUUCUCUGCCCAGUCUGGGGCUGGGGUGCCAGGCUGGGGCAUUGCGCUGCUGGUGCUGGUCUGUGUUCUGGUUGCGCUGGCCAUCGUCUAUCUCAUUGCCUUGGCUGUCUGUCAGUGUCGCCGAAAGAACUAUGGGCAGCUGGACAUCUUUCCAGCCCGGGAUGCCUACCAUCCUAUGAGCGAGUACCCCACCUACCACACCCAUGGGCGCUAUGUGCCCCCUAGCAGUAUCAAUCGUAGCCCCUAUGAGAAGGUUUCUGAAGGUAAUGGUGGCAGCAGCCUCUCUUACACAAACCCAGCAGUGGCAGCCACCUCUGCCAACUUGUAGGGGCACGUUGCCCGCUGAGCUGAGUGGCCAGCCAGUGCCAUUCUGCCCCACUCAGAUUCUUCAGGGCCAGAGCCCCUGCACCCUGUUUGGGCUGGUGAGCUGGGAGUUCAGGUGGGCUGCUCACAGCCUCUCUCAAAGGCCCCACCAAGUUCUCGGACACUUCUCAGCCUGUGGAAGUUCAUGCCUGAGGGCUCAUGCCUGGGAAGUGUUGUGGUGGGGGCUCCCAGGAGGACUGGCCCAGAGAGCCCUGUGAUAGCGGGGAACCUGAACUGGACUGAAUAAAACGUGGCCUCCCGCUGCGCCAA